CUUCAAAACUCAAAAAAGUCCCACAUCAACAAAAGAGGGGUUUAAAUUUUCCAUUCUCUCUCUCUUACCCUUUCCCUUCUCUCUCUAGAAGUCUCAACCAUCUCCAAAUCUCUGCAAAUUUCCCCAUUUUUUCAUCUAAACCGCGGUGGGUUUGAGUUCUUCACUUUUUCUCUCUUAAAAUCCCCAAAGAUCUGUAAAAAAGAAAGAAAGAGAGAGAAAAAUGGGACAGCAAAACCUGAUCUACAGUUUUGUAGCAAGAGGGACGGUGAUUUUAGCAGAGUACACGGAGUUCACCGGUAAUUUCACCAGUAUCGCAUCUCAAUGUCUUCAGAAACUUCCAGCUACCAACAACAAGUUCACGUACAACUGCGAUGGUCACACCUUCAACUUCCUCGUCUCCGAUGGAUUCACUUUUUGUGUAGUUGCAGUUGAGUCCGUUGGAAGGCAGAUUCCUAUGGCAUUCUUAGAGCGAGUGAAGGAUGAUUUUAACAAGAGAUACGGGGGUGGAAAAGCUGCCACUGCUCAGGCAAAAAGCUUGAACAAAGAUUUUGGGCCUAAGCUUAAGGAGCACAUGCAAUACUGUGUGGAUCAUCCAGAGGAGAUGAACAAGCUUGCGAAGGUACAGGCUCAGAUUUCAGAAGUCAAGGGAGUCAUGAUGGAAAAUAUUGAGAAGGUUCUAGAUCGUGGUGAGAAGAUUGAGCUUCUUGUUGACAAAACCGAAAAUCUCCGGUCACAGGCACAAGAUUUCAGGCAACAAGGAACACAGAUGAGGAGGAAGAUGUGGCUUCAGAACAUGAAGAUCAAGCUUAUUGUGUUGGGUAUCAUCAUUGCAUUGAUCCUUAUCAUAGUGUUAUCAGUUUGUCAUGGGUUUAAUUGCGGGAAGUAGUUCCCUUUGUUACCGGGGAAAAGGGGUUUUUGGAGGCGGUUUGGUUGUGGGUGAAAUAUAUUUGGUACUAUAGUUGGUAACGAACGAAUACAUCUAUUCCCUAAUGUUGAUUAUCUUCUUUAUUAUAGUCCAGACUUUUGACUGUUCUUGGUAGAAUCCUGCAUUUAUCUGCUGGUGGUUGAUUUGGGAGGUGAAUGCUUGUAUUCAGUUCUCCAAACUGUGGUGUGUAUAGGUUGUUGUCUUGAGUAUAAAACGGGAAUUUUCGUAUCGUGGUAAA